AUGGCUAUCGACAAGAGCGUCACAGAGAUUGCUGACUCGGACGAGGAGCUUAUCAUGUCUUCGCCUGGUGUUGGUUCAUCUGAUGUGGCGGAUAAGCUUCACGCCAUGGCCUCUGCUGCGCCUCAGGAGCCCCUUCAGGACGCGUACUGCACUUACCAAGCUCACCCACAAGACAACGCCAAUACGGCUCCACUAAGCACCGUUGGCUUGGAUCUUGAUCGCAACGGCGCUUCAGUCGAUACCGAUGCAUCUAGUACUGACCAUACUAACGUAAAGCCCCAAGACGCAAUGCUUCCACAAGAGGAAGGAGCAGCACUUCAAAUGAGUCCUCAUGAACGAGCCGCCCGCGCGCAUAUGGACCCCCUGGGGUUUGCACACGGAACCCUUCAUGCCUCAGUUGCGAACAGAAGCACGGUGCAACCGGGGUCACUAGCGGGGGAAUCGCGGUCCAUCAGUGCUGCACCAACUCCAGACAGCACCUCUCCGCCAAAAGAUGCUUGCCCUCAGUCUGCUCGAGACAUCUCCAGUACAUGUCAACCGCAAGCUCCCCAUAGACGAACCGUUGUAGUGCACAGAUCUCAAACCAUGGGUACAUCUGACACGACAAGUAUCUCUGCAGUAGUAACCAGCUCCUCAAAUCCGACUACCCCAGGCAUCACAGCAUCAGCCUUAUCCGCGCCCAAGGACAUUGGCGACGCUGAUUUGCAUCCCGACUUUGGUGAAAUUCAAGGUGGAAACCCACAAACAAGUACCAGUGAUUGCAGGCCAAGCAGUCCUUACCAUGAGUCAAUAGUCAGCGCGCAAGAGUCCGCCCCCUUCACACCGCAAAUUCAGCCCUCGCAAGAAAAGCCUCAGGAUCCAAGCUCCGCACUUCAACAGGCAUCACAACCGAAGGACCCUGAAAGUCAUGAUCUCAAUGCGAGUGGUGCACCCUGUAACUCCACUUCCGAGUCUCAAGACCAACCGACUACGGGAGCUUCGCCGACAGCCGCUACGCGGAGGAGGCCGUCAGGAAUUCCCCAGGAAACCAUUCUAUCGGAGUUGAAAGCGCACAAGGCUGCCCUAUUAACUUCUCUGCGUAGUCUCCCGGCGAUUCAGGUUCUUAUGGAAGAAAUGGCGUCUUCUGACGGUGGCGCAGAUGGACGGUAUGACGAGCCUACUGACGCGGACGUUAUGGCCGCAGCGAACAAAGUCGUCAAAGAACACAUCAAGCUACUGCAUGAGUAUAAUGAACUGAAGGACGUGGGCCAGGGUCUUAUGGGUCUGAUCGCCGACCAGCGGGGUGUCAGGAUUGUGGAGGUUCAAGAAGAGUUUAGUAUUGAUGCAGAAGACUGA